AAAAAUCACACUUGACAAUUUUAACGUUCUCGUGACAGGUUUAGAUAAUUUUAUAUCUGUUCAAAGUGUAAUACUUCUUAUCAGAUUAACAAGCUCCUAACUGUUCGGAGACAUGCUGUUGUUCGCAGCUCUCCUUCACCUGCUGGUGUGCGUGCAUUCAUGGGUCAAUGACUACGACCACCCUUUCACUUUCACUUGUCCUCAACACCAAUCCAUUCAGCGGGUAGUCAGUCACCAUGACAACCACAGAGAGGACCGAGUGUUCGAUUUUACGUGUAGUAACUAUGAGGAUUCAAAAUUUGAUAGCUGCUAUUGGACAGAGUACGUGAAUGACUUUGACCAACCUGUAAUAUUUCAAUGCCCUCACGGAGGUGUGUUAAACGGGGUCAGCAGUUACCAUGACAACCACAAAGAGGAUAGACGCUUCAGAUUCUACUGCUGUGAAAGUCCAGGGAAUUGUCUCUUCAAUUGCUACUACUCUGGCCUGGUCAACCAAUACGAUGGCGACUUGGACUAUACAGUACCAGACGGUCACGUGAUGCGAGGCUGGACAAGCGUCCAUGACAACCAUCACGAGGACAGAGUAUUUGAUUUUGAUGUCUGUCGUAUGCAGCAGUGCUUGGAGACGGGAAAUCCUGGAGAAACAGUCAUUGGAAAAUGAUGCUUUGUGGAAAUAAAAUUCAUUUGCUCCAUA